AUGACGCGCUGCAUUGACGGCGACGCCAGUAUGCUCGGAGCCACAGCAGAAUUGCCUGCCCCUGCGCAUCUGCUUUGCGCGCUCGCCCGGGUCAACUCGUUCAACUCGUGCCGAAAAGGCGCGUCCACUGGGCGGACGGCUCGCUGCACCGAACAGCGCGACCACGUGAUGGCCCUCGCUAUCGGCUUUGCGCGACUUCUGCUCGAAUGCGCCAUGCCGACGCAGCGCUACAUCGCGCUGCAGAUGCUGCAGGACCGCGCGCUCUGGGAGCUCCGGGAAACUUCCACCACCCGCUUGCGCGCUUCCUGCGCCGGGCGUGGGGACGCCCGCGCUGCUGGUGCCCCCGACGCUAUCCGGUGCCGACCCCGGCGCCGAGAGCGCGGCCCAUCAGAUGGGCGGACCCCGCGACGAUAA